AUGCUUGCACAAUCAUCCCCCAUUACCUUUCCUGACAGCUCCUCCCCCGUCACAGCGAAGAGGCCACGACCUACCAACGCGCCGAAAGCUUUAAAACCUCGCGUCCUCGGCGGCUUCCUUGCCGACGACGAAUCUGACGACGAGGCCUUUUCUGACCAACCGUCACCAAAGCGGCGCAUGCUACAACGAGAUGCCCAGGACACACAAAAUACUCAAAACGCACAACACCCCCACGCAGAUGCCGAAUUACAACCCAGGGGAGACCUGAACGAGACCCUGCCGGCCGCCCAGCCCGUCGCCUCAACCUCAUCCGACAGCCAGCUGCAGGACGACUGUGGGGGAGAAGCAGAACGCUACGAACGUCUCUUUGGAAACCAGGGAUUGCCGACACUGGCAGCAUUCACCAGCAAAGACCCGCGCCCAGCUUUGUACCAAAUCUCGACAUGUUCCGGCCAAACGAUCCCUAUCCGAGAACGCAAGCCCACCGCCGCAGUCCCCUACGCAAGCAUAGUAGCAGCGCGCUCUAGGACCAAAGAUGGCCGCGCACACAAGAGCUACUACGGCAUCGCCAUACACGAACUCAUCGACAGCGCGAGCAAGGAACUUACCCGAGCGAGCAAGCCCGAGUUUUCAGCGGCGUCCAUAACACCGCCCACCAACCCAGACAAGCCGCUUCGCUCUGUAGAGGCACAACACACAGACCCCAAGAAGUCCAAGCCCGCCAUGCUUUGGACCGAAAAAUACCGCGCCCGCACCUUCAUGGACCUCUGCGGAGACGACUUAACCAACCGCCAAGUGCUCCGCUGGCUGAAGCGCUGGGACCCCAUCGUGUUCCCCCAAGCGGUCAACAAGAACAAAUCCGUCAUCAGGCGCCUCCACAGCGGGCCGCAGCAACAACAGGGCCAGUCGGGCCAGCAGGGGCAGCCGCCUGAGGAAGAGAAACCCCAUCGCAAAAUCCUGAUGCUGCACGGGCCGCCCGGUCUUGGAAAGACUACCCUGGCGCAUGUCUGCGCACGUCAGGCCGGGUACGAGGUCAUGGAAAUCAACGCCAGUGACGAGCGGAGCAAGGAUGUGGUCCGGGGCCGGAUCCGGACCAGCCUAGGCACCGAGAGUGUCAAGACGGUGGAGCACAAGAAGCCGGAGCCGGGGAAGCAACCCAAGGUCGCUCGCCCGGUGUGUGUGGUUGUGGACGAGGUCGAUGGCGUGGUCGGCGGGUCCGGGGGGUCGGGGGAGGGUGGAUUCGUCAAGGCGCUGAUCGACCUCGUGCUGCUGGAUCAGAAGAACAGCACGGGAGGUGCAGCGACGGCGGGGGCGGGGCGCAGGAAGAAGAAGGGGGAUGACUUCAGACAGAUGAGGCCGCUGGUGCUCAUCUGUAAUGACGUCUACCAUCCCUCGUUGCGCCCACUGCGGCAGUCUGGCCUGGCAGAGGUCAUCCAUGUCGGGAAGCCGACCGUCGAGGCGGUGGUUACCCGGUUGAAGACCAUUUUCGAGAAGGAGGGUAUCCCUUGUGAGAAGGACGCUGCGCGAAAGUUGUGCGAGGCCGCAUGGGGCAUGACUAGCGGCAUCGAUGCCAAACGUGGGGCGGAGGGCAAUGCAGAGGGCGAUCUUCGAGGUGUCAUGGUGGUAGGAGAAUGGGUCGCCGGUCGGCUGAGGGCGACUUACCCAGAGACCACCCAUACGCUCACUCGACAGUGGCUGGACCGCCAUAUCAUCCACGACCUCGCCCACGGCGGGGGUGGUGCCCGAGGCCUCGGACGCGGCGGUACCAAAGAGAUCGUCACUCGUAUUUUCCAAGAAGGCGCGGGCUUCCCAAAACAGUCCGCGCCGGCCCAGCAAACCACCAAAGUCACUCGCCACGAGCAACCUCAGGCCCAACUCGGAUUCGCCGAACAACAAAAAAAGUACGCCAUGACCCGCCUCCGUGAGAUGAUCGAGACGUCGGGCGAAGUCGACCGCAUCAUGACCGAGAUCUUCCUCGAAUACCCGAACCGCGACUUCAAUGAUGACUCCUUCUUAACCAAGCCAGACCUUGCUUACGAGUGGUUGCAUUUCCACGACACUUGCUCCUCCCGCAUAUUUUCCAGCCAGGAAUGGGAGCUUGCACCAUACAUCAGCCAACCCAUCCUGGCCUGCCACCACCUCUUCGCUUCGCCACGGCGGCACCAGCCUCAGACAACGUCCGGCUACGGCGGGAAGUGGGGCGAGGCGGCUGAUGACAGCGAAGGCAACGAACCACCCCUUCCGUUCUCGGGCCCGCGGGCGGACUAUGCCGCGUACGAGGCCGAAAAGAUUAACCGCGCCGUGCUACAGGGGAUCCACGCCCAGCUGCCACCAACCUUGACGCGUGCGUUCCGCAGCCCCGAGCACAUCGCGACCGACUUCCUCCCCUACCUCAUCCGCCUAGUCUCGCCCGACGUGAACCCCGUCAUGGUGGGCGGAAGCAACGACAAGUCUGGCGCGGUCGCGUCGGUGCGGAGGGAAGCGGAAAAGGCCAUGGUCAAGCGUGCCGCACAGGUACUGGCCGAGGUGGGCAUCGCACUGCACAAGGGCAAGAUCGAGCCGGACGCGGCCGCUGGCCCGGCGACGCGGACCCAGUGGGUGUACCGGAUGGAACCGGACCUCGAUGCGCUCGCCACCUUCGAGACCGCCACCGCCUACCUCCUCGCCUCCCACGCACCCACCCGCUACGCAGUGCGCCAGGUGCUCGACCAGGAGCUGUACAAGACCCUUGCCCAACGGGACAGCGAAGCGCGCCAGGCCCGCCUCAAGACCGGCGGCGGGGACCCGCAUCAACCACCACCACAACCACGCAACAACACAUCCACCGCCAAUCCUUUCCUCACCCCCCUGCAGCAGAACCGCCGGCCAGACGAGCACCUGAACCCGAACAAGAACACGACGGCGGGGGCGGCGGUGAGGCGCGACUUUUUUGGGCGUGUCAUUGCCGAGCGCCCGCUACUAGCAACCGGCGCGGCGGAGGAUGGCAAGGCGAGGAAGAGGAAGGGUGGGGGAAGGGGGGAAGAGGCGGUGGGUGGUGGCGGGGGGAUGGUGUGGGUGACGUAUCACGAGGGCAUGAACAAUGCGGUGCGGAAGCCGGUUUCGUUAGAGGAGUUUCUGCGGGGGUUUUAG